AUGAGCAUCACCCAAACAUACUACCUCGCCCACACCGCCCGCAAGAAGCUGACCCGCGAGGCUCAGCGGGCGGACCAUGACCUACGUCUGCUAGUCGGCCACGCCAACCUUCUGGAUUCCCUCAUGCUGGACCUCACUGCCGCCGAACAAGAACAAGAGCGAUGGUUCAACCAAACCGUCAGCGGCGUCGCCAAGUCCACUGCGGAAUCGGAGCGUCGCAUCCAAUGGGCCGACACCGUUGUCGAGGAGCCCGAGGAAGACUGGAAUGGGGAGGACAUCUCGGAUGUCGACUCCGACGUCAGCGACGAUUCAGACUUGGAAGAAGAUGAAGGUUAUGAUUCAAAUCUCUAUACGCCCGUCCGCCGACGGGCACCGUCACCCGUCGCGGUGAUCCGCGAGAGAGAAGUAGAGGACUAUGAUUCCGACUCGGAUUCGGACUUUGAAUACGACGAUGCCGAGGAUCUAGAGGAAUUGACCCUGACUCGAUCCCCGUCUCGACAAUCGCCGCCUGAAUUGUCCAUGGACUCGGAUGAGGAGUCCGAGGAUGACUCUAUGCCUCCAUCACCCUUGCAACCGACCCUGGAAUCCUUCAAUGAGAAGGAGGCUCAGCCUACGGAGAUCCCGCUGUCCGAUGCCGAAUUGGAUCGCAGUUAUUACAUCUCUAAUCAACCACAGAAUCUGAUCGAAGCUUAUUGA